AUGGACACCGAUCUCACUGAGGAUAUCCAAAACUUCCUUGUUACCUAUAAUACCGAGACACCCUAUGGGUACUCCCAGCAGCCGUACGCGGGCGAGUACUCGGGCCAGCACUCGGACCAGUACUCGGACCAGUAUUCGGGCCAGUACUACAACGAAGGCGGCUAUGCCGAAUCAGAGUACACAGCUGCCCCGACCGUGACGUCCGAGGCAACCACCAUGCAGUCUACCACCCCCCGCUCUUGCUUUGGUGGAAGCUGCGUGAGCCGGCCUUCAACUCAUAUGACCACCCCGGACGAUGUUGUGGUUGCUCCCCCAUCCGUUGUCGGCCUUCAUUACCAGAACCAAGGGGCUGGUGGCUCGCUGGCCCCCAACCAGGUCCUGUGGUGCGAGCAUUCCCGGCUGCUGGGCUGUCCUGAGGUCUUCCGCCUCGAUGAGGAGCACGAAUGGAUCGAGCAUCACCUUCAGCAUUUCGGGGGGAACCCCCCCCAGAACGUCAUAUGUUGGUUCUGUGACACUAUCGCGUUUGCCUCGGAGCAUCCCCGGGACGCUUCAGCGAAUUUUCGGGACCGUAUGCAGCACAUCCGAGGCCACAUCUUCGACGACCACUACACGAGCGAGUCCAUGAGGGUCGACUUCCGCGUUAUCAAACACUUGUAUGCUCUUGGCGUUCUCAGUCCCGAGGCGUAUCAGCACGCUAUGUCGUGGGACGAAACACCGCCUCAAUUCCGUCUUCCGAGCGAGCGCUCAGGAUCGUCGUCGUCGUCGUCUUCGCAUCAGCCAUCGAGUCAAAGAAUAAGGGGAUAUGCCCAUGACCUGGACAAAGAGAGACGCCUCGAAAGAGCCAGGCGCAAGGAGGCAAAAGCUGCUCGAACCCGUUAA